AUGAUCCGGAAUAACCAGGAAUCGUUUUCUUUGGGUAAUCUUCAUGAUGACAACGAAGUUUUAAUUUCGUCAUUCCUCGUGAAGAAGCCCACGCUGAACACCUCAUCGUUGGACGAUCAAAACGAGACAUCAAAUAACCACCGGCAUCACAACAUACCAUGGAAACCUAAUCACAGAUAUUGGUGCGUUUUACGAAGGGGUCAGUUUAGUUACUAUAAGGAUGAAACUGAGAGGAAGCCUGAAAAGGUAAUUCCAAUAAGCGACUUAAUUCACUGUAGAAUCUAUGACGGUAACAAGUUAGAUAUAUAUACAAGGAAUAAGACGCUUCGGUUUAAAGCAGAGGAGCCUAAUUGGGCAAAAAGAUGGAUGGAAUCAUUUAAGCUACUGAUACACGGAGAUUCAAAUGGAACUAUACCUGCAACGCCUACAAAUGGCCUCGUUUCUCCAUUAUCGGAGGGUGUGGGGGCAUUAGAGAUUUCAAAUAUGGCAAAAGCGGUGUCCAGCAGUCCUGGAGAUAUUGAUGAUGAUGACAACGACGAUAAUGAUGCUGAUUAUGAUGAUGGUUUUGAUGUUAUUUAUCAAACUAAUGCUGAAAUGGGUGGUUCUCAUUUGGGCAGUCACCAAGGACAAGCAGCAAAUGAGAAAGAAAUGGCCAUGAAGGUUUCCAGUGUUAAUAAUACUAAUAUUCUACAAGAGGAUGCAGAUUUUUAUGAAGCAUACAAUCCAAAGAAUGACGAGAAGUUGAUUCAAAGUGGAAUAAUAUAUGGGCAAGUAAAGAAUACUAUUCGUCGAAAAAAGUGGAAACAAUUCUGGGGUGAGUUAACGAAUCGUCGGCUAAAACUAGUCUCAGUGAAUACAGAUACUUUGUAUGCCAUUAUCGAUUUAAACGAAGUUGUUGACUGUGUGGAAUUGGAUGAGGACGAUCCCUACUUCGCAUUAAUUGUAAGUAAUAGGCGUUUGAAGUUUAAGGCUAGAAACGAUACAGAGAUGAUUGACUGGAUAAUUCACAUCAAAAGCUCCAUAUUAGUUAGACAAAGAAUCUCUCAUACAUCAUCACAAUGA